GGCAACAUUAAAGGAGACAAACGACGCAUGCGUUUGGUGGGUCCUUCCGCUCAAGCUGCGAGAAGCGCUUCCGGGUCGCCUCCGGCUGCCGCCUCCUGGCGCGGAGCCAUGUCCACCUUGUUCCCCUCACUCUUCCCCCGUGUGACUGAGACUUUGUGGUUUAAUCUGGAUCGACCUUGUGUGGAGGAGACAGAGCUGCAGCAGCAGGAGCAGCAGCACCAGGCCUGGCUCCAAAGCAUCGCGGAGAAGGACAACAACCUGGUCCCUAUUGGCAAGCCAGCCUCAGAGCACUAUGAUGAUGAGGAAGAGGAGGAUGAAGAUGACGAUGAGGACAGUGAGGAGGACUCAGAGGACGAUGAGGACAUGCAGGACAUGGAUGAGAUGAAUGACUACAAUGAGUCACCCGAUGAUGGAGAAGUCAACGAGGUGGACAUGGAAGGUAACGAACAGGAUCAGGACCAGUGGAUGAUCUAGGUGGGCAAGGCAGGUGGUGAUUCCAGGCCACCCCGACCUGCCCUGCAUCCCCAGCCCCAACUGCGCAGUCCUGCAGAACUAGCAGGUGGCCUCAGUGCCUGAAAGCUCACCUUUAGGCACAUCCUCGUCUGUUGCCAGGAGCUGAUCUCAACCCCUCCCAGACCAUCUGUGCCCUCGAAUCCCCAGUCCUGAGCCCAUCCCACCUUCCUGGCCAGUACCUCACCCCUUGGUUGUCAGGUCUGGUAUCUUUUUAACUCUUGUUAAUAAAGAC